UCCGCUGCCGCUCCCGGGCCUGCAACCGCUGAGCCGGGGGUUACCUCGGGCUGGCCGGGCCCCGGCCCGGGCUUUGGGAGCCUGAGGAGCCGGAAGAAUGCAUGGCCGGCGGCGAGGCCGGCGGAGUAAGGUGGCGGCGCGGCCCUAGCCCCGUUCCGGCUGUGGCACGGCUCGUGCCCGGUCCCCAGCGGCGCCGAGACUCGGUCCCCAAGGGCCCGGCCGCGUUCGCCCAGGCUGGCGGGGAGGGGCGGCGGGAGGAAGCGGCGGGAGUCGGGACUGCGGCGGAGCCGCCCCCACAGCGCCCUCUAAGGAAAGCGCGGUCGCUGCCGCCCGGCCCGCGCGCCCCGCCUGGCCCUCGCCUCAGACCCCUUCGCCUGCCAGUCGGGCCCCUCGGGGCUAGCUGGACGCUCGGCCAGGACCUCGAACCUCUUGAAGCACAGGGGCAGCCCAGAGGAGCCCUGACUGCAGCCCAGAGAGAAAAAUGACUUGCUCCAGUCUGUGACGAAGCUGGUACCUGAAGCCGAGAUCCCUGACUCCUAGAUAGGACCUCAAUAUAUUGCUCAGGCCGGUCUCAUACUCCUAGGCUCAAGAGAUUUCCCUUCC